AUGGCUGCCCCUACCAAGGCCCAGUUCAAAGCAGGUCACAUUACCAUCGCUGGAGAGCUUCAUGCCCCAUCUGAGGGAUCGCCUGACCGCAAAGGCGCUGCAGUCGUUGUGAGCCACCCCAUGACCGGCGUAAAAGAGCAGACUUCUUCCGACUAUGCUCGUUCGCUCUCUAAAGCAGGCUUCUAUGCUCUGACCUUUGAUGCCGGUUAUCAAGGCGAGAGUUCCGGGGAACCCCGUGGUCUCGAGGACCCUAGUCAGAGAGUUGAGGACAUCAAGUCUGCCGUCAGCUAUCUUGUCAGCAUCACCGACAAGAUAAACCCCGAAAAAAUCGGUGUUCUGGGAAUCUGUGCCUCUGGCGGCUAUGUCUCGGCCGCAGCACAAUCCGAUCUUCGAAUCCGGGCCCUCGCUACAGUCAGCGCCGCCUGCGUUGGUGCCCUCACACGCAACGGCGGUAUCUACGGGCACUUGAAGGAAAACCCGGCCGCCAUUGAAGGGGCUUUGAAAGCUGCGGCGGAGUGGCGUAACGCGGAAGCUACUUCUGGUGUUGUUUCAGAUGCUCCGGUCAUGUUCGACAGCGACCCGAGCAAGUGGACAGAAGACAGCGAUGCCUUCUUCAGAGGAGCGGCUGGGUAUUAUGGUACUUCGCGAGGAAAUCACCCACGAUGCACGCGAAAGGUGCCGCCUCACAGUUACGACAAGAUGGUUACCUAUGACUCGUUCCGCUUCCAGUACCUCAUCUCCCCCCGACCUCUACUGAUGAUCGCCGGGAGUGAGGCCGAGUCGCUGCAUUUUAGCCAGACUGCCGUCGCUCAGGCGAAGGAACCGAAGGAAGUCUUUGUUAUCCAGGGGAAGAACCACUUUGAUCUGUACGAUGACUUGACUGUGUCUGGGCCAAAGCUUGUAGAGUUCUUUGGGAAGCACUUGAACUAA